AUUGGUACCGGGUACGUGCGUACGGAUUGCACACCAACCUGUGGAAACGGGGUCAAGGAACUGUUUGAGACGUGCGAUGUUGCCAACACGGUUGGUUGUGAUGCUCAGAACUGUACGACCGAUCCUGGUUACUACUGCGAUGCAACCGGUGUUUGCAAGCAGGCUGUCUGUGGAGACGGCAAUCGCGAUACUGAUAUUGGAGAAACCUGCGACGAUCGCAACACGGUUGACGGCGACGGCUGCUCCAGUACCUGCCAGGUCGAGCGAGGCUACACGUGCCGACGACACGCGCAAUUUGACGCGGACGCAUGCCGACUAUUCAAUGCCGCGCCGAGUGAGUUUUUCGUACGGGACUUUGACCUCGCAAAAAGGGCAGUGUACUAUUCACCGCGCGCCGUCGAAAAUGUCGAGUUAGGGGCAUUGACCAAGACUCAGUCAAAGGGGCUCUUCAACUCGGGCUAUUCCGCAUGCCGCACUGACUUCGAAGGGAACAAUGCCAUGCCGGACACUCCGUCCCUCCGCGCCGUCGUCAUUCCUAGGGGCUACCUAGCGGAAGACGACAGUUUCGAGGUGGCUUUGCCCAGGCCUUUCCAGUUUUUCGGCAAGACGUAUCAGUCCGUGUUCAUCGGUUCGAACGGCUAUCUUACUUUCCAGGCCCCCGAUACCUCGACGACAGCAUCGUUGCCCGCGCAUUUCGAUCAGCCACGCGUCAGCGGCAUGUUCGACGACCUCUCGCCCAAUCUGACGCCUGACAGCCAAGUGGCGUAUGAGGUGCGGGACUGCGAAGGUGCGAACCCGAUGUGCCGGCUCGUGAUCAGCUAUUUGCGCGUGCAUCGGCACGGCCUUAAAUCCUCCGCGGAGGUGCUGGCUCACAAUCUUGAGCUUGACAACACAUUUCAGAUGGCUCUCUACCUCGACACGGGUAUUGUGCGGCUGCUGUGGUGGCGCCUGAUGGACUUUCCACCUUCUUACCGCGGCUUCGUUGUUGGGUUGUCGGGAGGUCGCACUGCCUUGGGAGACAGGUUUCAGGGAACCUACAUGACGUCGCUUUUCGUCCGCCAAGGCUACCUCACCCUGCCCACCACGAGUGGCAAUGCGCUUGCUGCUGCUUUCCAAGACAGUUUUACGAUCGAAACGUACUAUCGCGUAGACCUCGAGGACCGCCUCGCGCAGGUCCUGCACCCCGUCGCGAUUUUCACCACAACGGUCACCGACACGGGAGCGGCCAACCACAUCAAUCUUUUCUUGGAGGCGGACAAUUCCUUGCGAUUCCGCGUUGCCGGAACGAGCAUGGCCCUUCCCGGCUUCGUGCACCUGCAGCAGUACCGACUACCGUUCAACACGUGGGUGCAUUUGGCGCUGACGGUAGAACGGAAAAGCGACAACUGUCGCCGCACUACUCCAAGUUGCACCUUCGUGUCCCUCUUCGUUGACGGUGAGCGCCAAGGCGACGCGGAGCUUGAUGAGCAGUGGCUGAGCACCACGGAAGUGCAGGAGGUUCUUGCGUCGUCGCUUGACUCCAGUGUGACCGGUAACGCCACUGUGAAUCAGACUAUAGUGACGUAUGGGAAGCACGACUUCAAUAACGGACAGAGCUUGCGUAUUGGUGGUGGCGACGCUGCCACGCCGCUCGAUUUUUACCAAGCCGCGUAUUUCUCGCAGUUCCGCGUCUACAAGCGUCUGCUGUCCGCAGCAGAGCUGGGGCAGUGCGCGUUUGGCGAAGGCGUGAGUCGUGACGAUCUUGUUCUUCACUUGAGUUUUGAUUCCGCUGUCAGCGAGUUGGUCACGGGGUUGCCCGUAACGCGGUUCGGCGAGAUGGAGUUCCUCUACGACGGUCCUGAGCGAUGCCAGCGUGUCGAGGACUUGACGGAUGAUCUCAGCGCGGCGCCGUUGUGCACAUUCGAGGCCACGUGUGGGAAUGGGAUCCUUGAGAGCAUGGAGGAGUGCGAUGACGGCAAUCUCGAUGACAGCGACGGCUGUGACCGGGAUUGCCGCAUUCGCACCGGAUUCGCGUGUACAAACCGGGCACUGCCGAACAACACGGUUGGCAACAGCACGUGCAACAUAGUGACAUGUGGAGACGGGAAACGUGAGGGCACGGAAGCCUGUGACGACGGGAACACGGCGGACUUGGACGGCUGUUCGCAGACCUGCGUGAUUGAGCCUGGCUAUGCGUGCGCAGGCGCGUAUGGCAUGCUGAGCAGCUGCGGUUCCGUGUGCGGCGAUGGCUACGUUGUUGCCAACGAGACAUGCGACGACGCCAAUGAAGUGAGCAAUGACGGAUGCGACGCAAACUGCCAGGUUGAGCCGGGCUUCAAGUGCCUCCUCACGGAACGUCCGACGAAGUGCCUACCGGUGUGCGGCGAUGGCGUGCGAUUCAGCUCAGAGGAGUGCGAUGACGCAAACACAGCAAAUAGCGACGGCUGCAGCGAGUUUUGUCGUAUCGAACUCGGGUGGCACUGCGACACCGGUGAAGCAAUGAGCACCCGGACAUUGAUCAACCGCCUGGGACCGGUGGCUGCAAACGGAAAGUAUCACACUUUCGAAACUGUGAUCAAGGACAAUGUUUUAUGACCACAGAAAAGCAGAGUCAAAGAAGAUCAUAACACAAAUAAGAAUAGCAAGAUGUUGACCUUGCAAUCACCCAGGGUUGCGGGAGCCAUGCUUGACCAGUUGUUGUAACUACUUAAGAAAAGUCUGCUGAUUAUUUGUGAAUGUGAUUAUCAAAUUUGGCAUAAUCUAUGUUAGUGUACUAGUUUCGUCUUCAUACAGUGCUCAACGCGUGAUGCCAGAGGGCUUCGACUUUGGCACCGGAGAUACGUGCAAGAUGACGGUUUGCGGCGAUGGUUUAAUCGAGGGCCAGGAAGAAUGCGACGACUUCAACGGCUUCAACUACGACGGUUGCAGUGCGGACUGUCGCAUUGAGCCUGAU